AUGCAAUUACUGGUAAUUCUACAGAAACAGAGUUUCUUUGGAGCAAUUCGUCGAACAUCUGUGCUUCCUUCCUCAUCACCCCAUUACUUCCGGUGGUUUGGUUCCUCUUUCUGCUCACUGACACCAAUCCCGGAUGCCCAUUUCACUGCGCAAACUUCUGAAUCGGAGAAAGAAGAAGAAGAAGAGCUGGAGGAAAAAGAUGGAAAGAGUUUGAGUUGGAGAAUUGAAAGGCUGCCGAGAGAAAAGCCGGUGAUUUCCGCCUUCCAAAGCUGGAUGGGCGAUGGAUUCCCCAUUCAGAGAGGCGAUAUCAUUCACACUAUCAAUCGGCUGCGCAAAGUCAAAGCCAAUAAACGUGCACUUCAGGUAAUGGAAUGGGUUAUCAGGGAGAGGCCUUAUAGGCUAAAGGAGCUAGAUUAUUCUUACUUAUUGGAGUUCACUACUAGGCUUCAUGGUGUAUCAAGAGGUGAGACACUUUUUUCCCAUAUCCCAAAGGAGUUCCAAAAUGACUUCUUGUAUAACAGUUUCAUUCUUGCGUGCUUGGAGAAAGGGUUAAUUAGGCUUCCACUUACUUACAUGAAGAAAAUGAGGGAGUUGGGUCAUCCCAUAUCUUACUUGGUCUUCAACCGUCUCAUCAUUCUCCAUGCAUCCCCUGGCCGUAGGAAGAGCAUCCCAAAAAUCCUGGCCCAAAUGAAAGCUGAUAAGGUGGCUCGUCAUGUUUCCACUUUUAAUAUUCUCUUAAAGAUGGAAGCUGAUGACCACAACAUUCAAAGGCUGGUCCAAGUGUUUGGUGAUAUGCAACGAGCAGCAGUUGAGCCAAAUGAGAUUACCUACUGCAUAAUGGCAACUGCACAUGCUGCCGCGAGGUUGUUCACUGCUUGUGAGGCUUUUGUUGAAUCUAUUGAGAAAUCUAAAGCUGGAAACAAUUGGUCUACAUUUGACAUUCUUGUUAUACUUUACGGAUACUUGGGUAAGCGGAAUGAUCUAGAAAGAACUUGGAAUGGCAUUCAAGAGCUGCCAAUUGUCAGGUCUAAGAGUUAUGUGCUUGCAGUAGAAGCAUUUGGUAAACUUGGGGAUAUAAUUCGAGCUGAAGAGAUUUGGUCGGGAAUGAAAUUGAAGAAGGGAAUGAAAUUGACAGAGCAGUUGAAUUCACUGAUAUCUGUAUACUGCAAACAUGGAUUAAUCACAAAAGCAACAGGUCUAUAUAAAGAAAUGGAGAAAAUUGGAUGCAAACCAAAUGCCAUAACAUUACGGCAUCUCGCGCUUGGAUGCUUAAAGGCAGGGUUAAAGAAUGAAGCUAUCAAAACCCUUGAAUUGGGGAUGGGUAUGUUUGCGAGCACAAAGGUUAGAAAAUCCACUCCCUGGUUAGAGACAACUCUUUCAAUUGUUGAAAUUUUUGCAGAUCAUGGAGAUGUUGACAAUGUUGAGAAAUUAUUUGAAGAAUUGAAGAAAGCAAAUUAUACUAGGUACACAUUUGUCUACAAUACAUUGAUAAAGGCCUACGUUAAGGCAAAGUUGCAUGAUCCCAAUCUUCUGAAACGGAUGAUUCUAGGAGGGUCCAGGCCUGAUUCUGAAACCUACAGCUUGCUGAAACUUAUGGAACAGUUUCCCACCAAGUGA